AUGUCUUCUUUUUUUGGUAACGGAAUCGAUCCUUCAACAUCUUCUUCAAUUAAUACUGAAAUUCAAAUAUACCUUUCAAUUUCACAAAUUCCUAAAUAUGAUUCAAAAGAUCCAUGUUAUGAAAAGUGUAAUCCUUUAG